AGCACCGGAGUGAGAAAGAAGAGGGAAAAACAGUGGAGGGAAAACACUGAUUCCGUCAGAUACGAAAUAAUAACCCUUUCGGAUAACAUGACGCCCUGCGGGAAUCUCUCAGCCUUCCUUGUGCUCCUGGCUCUGGGGCUCUUUGGAGGUUGUUCGGCAUAUAACGUCUCGCUCCUGGGUGGGAAAGACGAGAGUACGCCGAUGCGUAUUUUGGACGAUCGCGACAGGGGCCCCGACAGGCCGCGCCGUGAGCCGAACCCCACCUCGCGGAGCGGCAUUCCGGAGCUCUGCGACUACGACCCCUGCCGGGACCAGCAGCGCCCCUGCGCGGAGCUCUCGGAGCUCAGCGGUUGCCGGUGCCCCGGGCUGAGCGGCCAAGACGAACCCCCUGAGGCUCCCUUCCUGCAGAUGUUGACCCAGGAGGGGCCAGGGGUCCUGGUGCAGUGGUGUGCUCCACCCUCCUACGUGUUACAGUACAAGGUCCUGGCAGAGGGCCACGAGCCCGUGGUUCUAGGGUCACUUUUCCGCCGCACAUCGCUGCCGCACCUGGAGCCCGGGGCCAGGGUGUGCGUGGAGGCGGUCAACUUGGCCGGCACCAGCGGCGAGACCGCGAGCUCGUGCGCUCGCUACGAGCCAUCGGGCGACGGCCGCCUGGCCCUGAAGGCCGGGCUCGUCGCCGGAGGGCUGGGGCUCCUUCUGCUGCUCUCGCUGCUGGGGCUCCUGCUGUGGAGACGGAGGUCCGGCCGAAAGUCUGGAGCCAGGGGCCCCGCGCGUGACAGCGAAGGGCCGCUCUGAGAGAGCACCGGCCCCCCGCUUUUUGGGAUGAGACCAGAAUCGGGGAAGAGGACGCAGGGAUGCGGUGUCCACCGCUCCGUGUCAAAACAGACGAGCACUUAAGGGCGCGAAUGUCUCACAAGAGUCGGGUGAGACGGCGUGACGGCGACGCGCUCCUGCGACGGGCUUCUUCCCGCCAUCUGCUCAAGCACAUAAAUAUGGGAACUGGGUGUCUCUGGAAAAAUGGGCCCAUGGCGUAUAGUACCCCUGUAAAAUGAUUGUAAAUGCGCUGAAAAUACUCCUGCAAGAACUCGACAAGAUGACAGAUGUGCCAUGGGAGGCAUCUCAGCAUUUCACAGUAGAGCUUUAGUGAUUUUUUCUUCCCCCCCCCGGAUCAGCGUCAGAAACGGUCAGUUCUCAGCUGGACUUUGACAGGGGUGUUUUCAGCGUUUUCGAAAAAGACUUUCGGAGAGCUGGACGACACCAAACCAUAUCCCGCGUCAGCUAGCGAUACAUAAAAAGCAGCCGUUAUCAGUUUUUUGCUCUUACAGGUUUCCAGUAUUAAACUAACUUUGUUGCUGAAAGCAUGUUAUGUUUUUACAAAAAAGAAAAAAAAAAAAACCCACAAAUUGAAACUAAUUAACCGAAUACUAUCUUCGUAAUGAAAUUACCAAUGAAAGCUGUUAUUAUUACAUGCUUACUGUAACAAAUUAAGGAUUUAUUUAUGCAAUGCUGCACGUGUUCAGCCUAUUCCGCCAGCAACUUUUGACUGGAACUAAAAUACUAUAUACGCAGUACAUGUAUAAAUGAUUAUAAAUGAUUUUUAAUUCUUUUC